GAUGGUGGAUUGUUGUGCUUACCUCGACUUUUCAAGUAACUGUAACUUCGCUGCAGAGUUGAUCACCGCUCUGUAAAAGGUCCAAGUUGUCACUUAAUUUGCACUCUUAAUAUUCCCACGCUGGCUAUUAUUCCCACACGCACUUUCUCUUGGAGGCUUUCCACUUUCAAGCUCAUUUGUGACUGGAUCGACUGGCACACGCUUAUACCACUCUAAGCUAGGACUUUGGCCGAGAAACACAUCAUGUUCCGCACGAGUGCUGUGCGGUCAUUGCGGACGCCACGAAGGACAGCCUUCGCUGUUGCCGCUGUCAGUGCAGUUGGUGCUGUUCUGCACGAAAACGGGGUCGAGCAGGAAAGGCUGCCAAUAUACGCUGCUCCCACACCAGAACUUGUCCUCCUUGACACGCCAUCUAUACUCGAGACCCGGAUCGGGGAAGUCCGGAGAGAAGUCAAGAAAGCCUACCAGGGCGCACAUACACAGGUCCAAGGGGUUGUGUCGAGAUGGAUUGGCGUAGAGGAGGCUGUUGAGUCUCGCAUAAAGUCCUUCCGCGAUCCCACCGAACCUGUAACCCCCGGUCUUCUCUACAUGGGAAUAUCUACGCUUACAGGGUCUAUCCUCGCUCGCUCUCGUUCCCUGCCUACACGCAUCAUACUUCCACCCACACUAUUCAUCGCUGCAUUCGUUCAUUUCCUCCCCAAGACCGCCUCGAAUGUCGGUGACUACGCGGAAGAACUCGAAGACAGAUAUAUACCGAAAUUCGGAGAGAAGCGACGUAUUGGGGUAGCCCACAGUCGGAUGGGUUGGGAGCGGGCGAAGGAAGGUGUGGCUACUGGACAGGAGUCAUUUGGGAAAGGUGUUCAGGGUGUUGUGGAUAAGGUGCAGGAGGUUACUGGGCUAAAACUGGGCGAUGCACUUGGGCGAAGUCGGGAAAUCAAAGAGGAAGCUAAGGAAGUUGUGCGAGUGGCCAAAGAAGAUCUGAAGGAAGUAAUAGACAGUAAGGAUGAUGAGAGCAAAUGAUUCUAUAGGUUUAUUAUAGUCGGACGCAUUGCCUUUUCCUUGCGUUAUAGAGAUAUUAUUUACUAUACCCUGACUGAAAAUCGAGGCCCAUAUUUUCAUUACCACUACUCAUGCAUACUCAUGUAGUACUUCUUUGCUUCGUACUGGCAGCAGGUCUCGCAUUGGACCGGCAGAGCAGU